GCAAAACUCACAUUCCCAAAAAGCUUCCAUUUUUUAUUUUAUUUUUGCUCCCUCUUAGCUCAAACACAAAACCUAAAGAGACACACUUGAUCUCGUUCUCUCUUUGCAACGAAGAUGCUGAGCGAUUAUGGUAUAACGAAGGAAGACAUGGUAAUCGAGGAAGCUCAAGGCUACCCGAUAGCUUACGCAAAGAUCUGUCGCGACUUCGAUGCAUAUCCGUACAGAAAUGGACCUCCUUUCACUUUCACACCGUACAUUCUGCAACAUAACGAGAACUCAAGAUACAGAGAAUUAGAUCAGAUGUUUCCAGUGAUUGAUCCGAAAGCAAGACCAACAACAAAACCGAAGAUCUUCCUAAGUCUGCUAUGGAAACAACUUAAUCAUCUAGGCAAUGCUGGGUUUGAUCCGGCUGUUAUUCGGAUUGAUCCGUAUGGGAAUGUUCUUUACUUCCACGCUGAUUCAGCUUCUCCUCUCGCUUGGGGUUUUGAUCAUUGGUUCCCUAUCUCAAGAGGAGGGUUAACAGUGCCAAGCAAUUUAAGGAUAGUGCAAUGGCAAGCACGCAAGAACAAGAAGGACAAACUUGAGUUCUUAGUACCAUGGUGGGAUCUUCAAGUUGGCAUCACAGUGAAUCAGUUCCUGUCUAUUUUCGCUGCUUCGAGUUCUGAUUUCAAGAAGAGAGCAUUUUCGUUCUUGUUCAAAGAAGGUGAAAGUGAGGAACUUAACGGCUCACAAACUGUUGACUCACAUCGUUUCCCUCAGCAUUUUGUUGAAUCAAAGGAGAAGUUUGGUCUUGCUUCAGCUGCAGUUGUUGUUUCUAGAAGAGAUCCUUAUGACCCUUCAUUAGUCUUGAGGUCUCUUGAUUACAAUCGUCAGUCACCUGCAAGGAAGAUGAGAGUGGGUGCAAUGAAGGAGAAUGAGACUCCAGACUUGAUGAAGAAUCCUUAUCAAGCCAUUGUAGCUGCUAGGGACUCACUGAGACACCGAGAGGAAGCACAGAAUAUGAGAGUUGAGAUGAAGAAGUUAGAUGAUGAGAUGAAUGAUUUGAAAAGAAAAAACAAUGAAGAGCAGCUUACUAUACAGGAGCUGGAGAGUGAGCUGAUGAAGCGGAGAAGAAGAGCUGAGAAGUGCAGGAGAGUGGCAGAAGCUCAAUGCUCGUAUAGGAAUACGCUUGAGAAGAUGAUCCGUGAUGCUAUGCACCAGAGUGUUGUGUAUAAGGAACAAGUGAGGCUAAACCAGGCUGCAAGUAGUGCACUUAUGGCGAGAUUAGAGGCGCAGAAGGCGAUUUGUGAUGGUUCAGAGAAAGAGCUUCACAAGAAGUUUAAAGAAAGAGAGGAGCUGGAGAAUCAAGUGAGGCCUGAACUGGAGAAAGCAAGGAAAAGAUCAAGAAUUUUGCUGAGUGAUGAAGAUGACAUGUUGGGACACGACAGAGACAUGAAGUUGUCUUUGUAUCUUCCUGGAACAAGUGAAGACACGUCUUUACAAAAGGAGUUAAGGGUACACUUUGAAGAAGAUCAUAAGGCAGCAACUUCUGAGGCUGAAUAUCAGAAGCAUGGGGAAAUAGAAGAGGAACAGGAGAUUCAAGAGGUGUCUGAGAAGUCUCCUGUUGUGUUAGAAUAUGAUAAAGCCAUUGAGGAUAAGCUAGACAGCAGAAGCUUCAGAGCAUUUCCUGUUUUGAAGGAACAAGAGAUUGAGGAAGAAGAUGAGGAAAGCAGGAGAGAGCGAGGGAAAGGGAAUGUUGAGAAAUGGCUCCACAUAUUACUAGAGAACAACGGCAAAACCACCAAUCCACAGGAUCUUGAAGCUGAAAGAAGCAAAAAGAUUGAUGAAAUGAUUGAGAAACUAGACCACAAGUUUCCUCUACUUGACAAGGCUACUGAAGAAGAUGUGGCUGAGGAGGCAAACAACAACAACACAAACAAGGUGGAAACAAGCUCACGUAGAAGCAGAAUGAGUUUUGAUUUGAAGAACACACCAGAGAAGAGUGGCAGAGACAAAGUGGUGAAAAGAUCAGAGAGUGCUAGAUCUUUCAGAAAGAUCCCAUCAUCUCCUUCACUAAUCUUUGGAAGGAAGAAGCCAGUGGUUACAAGUCAUGACGAUGAGAAUGAAUAUCUCGUUAAGAACAACUUCAUCAAGUCAUCUCUCCAAACAAUCAAAAGAGCUGUCAAAUUCUAA